AUGCCACGUCAUUCACUAUGGAGUCUACUACGUUCGUUCCUUACCCUUAAGCUAAUCCAAUUGGCUAUAAUAUACUUUGCUCCAUCUCGGUUUGAUACCUCCUCGCAAUUGAUCAUAGACGAGUUGGCAAGUUCACCAUCUACAGCUUCUCCCUAUAAUGGAAUAGUUACCUCCAUUUUGAAUAAAUUAAUUACUUGGGAUUCGGUAUAUUUCAAUGACUUGUUUGUAAACGAGAUUGCUUAUGAACAUCAAUUUGUGUUCUGUCCUGGGUGGAUCAAAUUGAUUUCGUUACUACCGAGUGACAAUUAUUAUCAACUACAAAUGUGGAGUAUCUUGAUUGCCAACGCUUGUCAUUUUGCUUCAGCUUUGGUCUUGUAUUGCUUGAGCAAAUUGACGUUUGAUUCUCGAACCAGCUACAUUGCUAGUCUAAUGAUGAUCAUAUCGCCAGCCGGCGUGUUUUUAACUACAAAUUAUUCCGAGAAUUUGAGCAAUUUGACUACCUUGUUAGCUCUUUACUUGUACUACAGGGCAAUAGAGUUUAAUAAUGUUGCAACUAGGAGCAACAAGUCGGUCAAAAACGUUUACAUGUAUUUAUUAAGUGGUAUUGUUUGCGCAUUUGGCUUUACGGUCAGAGCAAAUUCACUAUUACUAGGCGUCUUGUACUUGUUGGACUUGUACGAUUUUAGCAUCAUUGAACAAGACUGGACAUCAAGUAUACUGUCCAUAAUCACCGGGUCUGUACUUGGAGCUACUCUUGUUGGUCAAAACAUACACCACUACCUCACCUUUUGUCCACAGAGACAAGGCUGGUGUUUAAAUAGAUUCCCAAGUCUAUUUCUGUAUGCACAAUCACACUAUUGGAGUAAUGGGUUCUUAUCAUACUGGUCGUUGAACAAUGUACCCAAUUUCAUCCUCGUUGCGCCGGUUUUGAUAUGGAAUUGCUAUUCAGUGAGCUCAACGUGGAAAGUUCUUCCUCAGUAUCGAAAAUUAUUACCGCUAGUCGUGUUGAAUGCCCUGAUAAUCAUUGGCGGGGUAUUCUUUUGGAACGUGCAGAUUUUGAAUAGAAUCACCAGUUUUUCGCCUUUGAUUUACUGGACUUUGGCCUGGAGUUAUGAUGAGCCUUGGUUUAAGUAUGUUUUGGGGUAUAUUUUGGUUUGGAAUUUUGUACAAACUGCGUUAUUUGCCGCAUUUCUACCACCUGCGUAG